AUUUAAUCCCAGCAAAACGAAAAACCAAGAGCAAAUUGAUGAUAAUUCAGAUGUGUGAACAACACUCCCGUCGCGUGUGAGGAAAAUAAAAAAUCAUCGAGCAGACGAAAUACGGUUAGCAGAAGAAAGGAGUCACUCCAUUGGCGAAGCUCAUAGGGAAUUGAGAUAAUUUAUUCAAAUUAACUACAGCGAUUCUCACGACAAUAGUAUAAACUACGGACGAUUGGAUGAAACAUGUCAGAUGUUCAGCCAAUUUCCAUCCAAAAUAUGCAGCACCCCUUUCAUCAUAUUAUCGCCCAGCAAGCGCCGGCUUUUCCGCAACAAACGCCAGUAUUCACACAGCAAGUGUACAACCAGGCGCCUCCUCAAGGUAUGUCCGUAAUACCGCAGAUCAUGGUUCCAGGCAGCCACCUUCACCACGGAUACAUCAGCCCACAGAUGGGUAGCCCAGUCCAGUAUUUGGACGCAUUACAGCCGCAGCUACGGAUGUUUCUUCCACAGAACACUGGGCAUAUGAACCAUUCUCCCCCGGAUAUGGUCCAAGAGGCAGAAUUGCGACAAUACUGGAAUAAUAUGUAUAUUAACAAAUUGAAUAUGUCAAAAGAAUCUUUGGAAAAGGCUCAGAAAGAUCUGCGUACACCAAGUCCAAAAUCAGAAGAAAAUAACUCCGAGAAGGAUAACAAUGAAUUGAACUGUUCUAGAUUGCAAUCUGAGAAAAAUAUAAUUGACAAUUGCACAGUAAAGGAAGAAAUGAAUACAGAACAAUCGAAUAUACCAUAUCCGCAAUAUGUGCCUAAAUCAUUAUACGUCAGGCAAACGAUUCACCAACAUUUAAUGAAAUCCCCCGAUGCUAAAAUCUCAAACGAGGUGGAAAAUAAAAAUGAAGAAGAUACACAAAAUUCAGGACAAUCUACCAUUACUUCCCCUAAAAUCACAACUGCAUCGAGUUCGCUUCCCCCAUUUUCCCCCCUAUCGUCUCUCAACUGUUCAUCUGCUACGUCCCUCCUCUCUACACUCGCCUCAAACUCCCAUAUAACCAAUCGUCAGCCCUUCACCGGUCAACACCAUAGCCCACCUACAUAUUCUAGUCACCCCACCAUUCAACUGCCACACCUUUCAACCACGCCCGACCACGCCAAUCAUGGUCCCCACUUUGCAAUUCCAUCCCUCCCAAAGGAUCAAAGGCAUCGCAUCUAUGCCCCCGUAGCAAAGUAUGGGUUUAGUAGAGAAGAACUAGACGUAUCCCUCUAUGGAUAUACGAGGCCAACGAAUGCAGAGUUUGCGGUCGGACACGCCAUUUCAGGAUUGAGUACAGAAAAAGAUUCUCCAAAGAAACAUGAUGCCGUUAUGGACAGUGGUAAUAUCGAAGCGUCAAAAGAAUCAAACUUGGACAUCCCACAAGGUCUCAGAAUCAUUAAGACAAGCUAUGCGGGUGUCUCACACCAAGGUGUUUUCUGCUAUACAGAUGUCAUACCCAAAGGGACACUAUAUGGACCAUUCAAGGGAAAGACUGUGCAUACGAGUGAGGUAAAGACCAGAGAUGACAAUACAAGAAUGUGGGAGGUUUUUAAAGACGGUCAGCUCAGCCAUUUCAUUGAUGGGAAGAGCUCUGGGGACCAGUGGAUGUCGUUCAUCAACUGUGCCAGAUUUGCCCACGAACAGAACCUGGUUGUUGUACAAAGCGAAGAUGAUAUUCAUUACGAGACAUGUAAAGAUAUAACUAAAGGUACAGAACUCUUAGUUUGGUAUGGUGACACCUAUCAACAAUUCAUGGGAAUACCACUUGGUUUAAAGGACGAGCAGGAAGCCGGAGAAAAUAAAGAAUCAUCAGACGCUACAUCAGAUGGGUACACCUGUGAGCGAUGUGGAAAGGUUUUUGCCUACAGGUACUACCGGGACAAGCAUUUGAAAUACACAAGAUGCGUUGACAAGGGAGAUAGAAAAUUUCCAUGCCAUCUAUGUAAUAGGUCAUUUGAGAAAAGGGACAGACUGCGAAUACACAUCCUCCACGUCCAUGAGAAACACCGUCCUCAUAAAUGUUCCGUUUGCGGAAAAUGUUUCAGUCAGUCGUCAAGUCUCAACAAACACAUGCGGGUUCAUAGUGGGGAGCGUCCCUAUAAAUGUGUAUACUGCAGCAAGGCAUUUACAGCUUCAAGUAUUCUACGGACACAUAUACGUCAGCAUUCUGGAGAGCGACCAUUCAAGUGUAAGCACUGCGGCAAAAGCUUUGCGUCUCACGCAGCCCAUGACAGCCAUGUAAGAAGGACGCAUCCGAAAGACAAACCAUUUACGUGUGCUAAGUGUGGGAAGAGUUUCACACUCGACUAUGAGCUGACAUUCCAUAUGACCUCCCAUGCAGAAGCAGGAACGAGUGCUGGUGUUAGCGAUUGUGCAAAGAGGUUAGAUUCAGACCAUGGGCGAUCCAGUGUACGGAGUGAUUCUAGCAGCGGGUAUUCAGAGGGGGACAUAGCGGAUGUAUCAGACUCUGUCAUUGAUGUAGUUGCAUAGGCGCUAAAUGAUUGUUAUGUAUCAAUGUAUACGUGGAAUGAACAGUCAAAUUAUUGUCACUUAAAAAGGUUGACAAAAUACUAGUCUUAGAUUGAUAUACUUGAUGUAUAUAAUAAAUAAAUAAAUUAAAUAAGAUUGAUAUUAUUGAUUAUAUUUUGAGAGAUAUACGAGAA